AUUUUUUGUUGCUCAGGAUAGUAACAAGUUCAGUUUAGUUUUUUUUUGACAAUUAAAGGAUAUCAGUGAAUUUAUUGCAAGUUAAUAAAUAAACAAAUUAAAAAAGAUAAUAAGUUGCAAAUUGUGAUAAAAAGACUUUUGUGAACUUUUUAAAAGGAGUAAAAAAAAAUAAUAAAAUUUAUUAAAAUAAAUGAAAGAGAAGGAAAUGAGUUUACCGAAUAGUGUUGAUAUGACAAAUUUAAUGUCCCAGCAUCAGAAUCCUUUGCUAGGAAUACCGCCAGCUUUUUUCUUAAGGGCUGCAUCUGAAAGAUAUCAGCGAACGCCCAAGUGUGCGAGAUGUCGGAAUCAUGGAGUUGUUAGUGCAUUAAAAGGACACAAACGUUAUUGUCGAUGGAGGGACUGUCUUUGUGCAAAAUGCACACUAAUCGCAGAACGUCAAAGAGUCAUGGCUGCUCAAGUUGCAUUAAGAAGACAGCAAGCACAGGAAGAGAAUGAAGCUAGAGAAUUAGGAAUAUUAUAUCCAACGCCAAUGGGAAUAAUGAAUGGACAAUCGGAGUCUCAAAAUUCAAAUUUUCGAUCAACAAUCCCGUCGCCUCCAAACGAUUCUAUGGACCAUACUAGUAGCAAAAAUUAUACGGAGAGUGAGUCAGACGUAGAAAUUCAAAAGACUCGAAAAGCUGACAAAAUUACACCCGCAUACUCACCAGAUCAAAGUGAACCCGAGAGUCCUGUUGGAAGCAAGCGAGCACGUCUUUCGGCUGAAACAGACCAUGAUACAGGCUCCGAAUCACCGAGUAGUCCAAAAAAUAAAUCAUUUUCACUUCCAUUAUCAGUAUCGCCUCCACAUAAUCAUUCACCAAGCUCUCCAGAAAGUGAUUUAGAUGUUGAUUCAGCGCCCGAUGAAGUUGCACCUGAAAAUUUGAGUUUGAAAAAGAAAGAAAGAUCAAAAUCGCCAGUUACUAAUAAUAACUUACAUAACAAUCUUGGAUUUUUGCCAUAUCAACAGUCAUUCCAUCAGCCAAAUGUUUCAACAUCGCCAAAUCAGCGGUCACCAGUUGAUGUACUUUCAAGGGUAUUUCCAAAUAGAAGACGAAAUGAAAUCGAACAACUUCUAUCAAGAUACCGAGGUGAUGUUGUCCAAGCGAUGGAAGCAAUGCUAUGUGGUGAUGACACACUAUCUCAAUUAAGCUCUGCUACAUCUGCAUUUAAAUCAGCAUUUUCACCGUUAAUACCUCCAGCAUUUACUGCCAAUCGCUAUCCAUUCUUACAGCAUCAAGCAAAGAGAUUUCUAUCAGCACCAUACACGGGCACGGGUUAUUUGUCAUCUGUUCUUGAAGCAGAGCAAAAUGAUGUCAAUGGGAAUUCAAAUGCACCAGAUGCUCAAGAUUAAUAAACAGCAUUUGUGCAGAACAAAGAAUUGACGCUUAGUUAGGUCAAGGAGUGAAACUUUUUAUCGUCUAAGAUUUUUCUUCGUUUCCAUAAGUCUUUAAAAAAAAUGAUACAAAAGAUAUUUACGUUGUAUACGAUUAUUGUGGUCUUUAAAUAAAAUAAUUAAAAAAAAACCUUUAAACUGUAAAAAUGCUAUACGAGAAUAAGAUUGCAUAAGGAAAGAAUAUAGAGAUAAUAAAUAGUAAUAAAUAUGG